AUGUCCGCGUAUCAGAUGAUAAAACAACAUACAAACUCUUUGAUAGGUUACUUCAUAAUCUCAUCAAAUUCAGUACAAAGCAUACCAGUGAUUGCUUACCAAUCGUUCAAAUACCCAAGCUGUGAUUCAAUUGUUACUUUAAUUGGUUCCGGCGAAUUAUAUGCAAGCUGCAAAGAGUCUAAUACUACAUAUAAGCUCAACACUACUAAAAGUGUAUGUAUGUAUUAUGCUUUUAAGAAAGAUACAGCUACAGCUCAUUCUAUUGUUCAAGGAACUCUUAAAGGAAAGUAUUAUGACCAUGAAGGCCAGAAAGUUGGCAACACGGAUGCCAUUACAACACCUUUUGUCGUUGUUGUUGAUAAUCCAAAUACAUUUUGCAAUUCAGACCUCGCAGGUGCAAAUGUUACUGGUGCCGAAGGAAUCCUUAGCCUUACAUUAACACAAGACGGCGCAACAAACUUUACAUACAUUGGAAAAGCUAAAGGAAUUAAUAUGACCAUGAUUAUCAUCAUUGUUGGUACAAUUAUCGGCAUUGCAUUAAUUGUUAUACUUGUUGUAGUUGGUAUUUGCAUCUACCACUGCGUUAGCAACAAACCAGUCACAUUUCCAGACCAACCUCAGCUCGAACUUGGUAUGAUUGAAGUUCCACCGAAGGAAUACAAUCCAUACGAAGGAAAGAAUCCAUUGGCUGCUGCCCAAGAUAAAGUUGUUUAA